AUCAAUUUAUCUCCAGGGCGAAAUGUUGCUUUAAAACAGCCAACAACUCAAACAUCAAAUUACUCUGUCUCAAUCUACCAUGCCAGCAACGCUGUAGAUGGUAUUACUAAUUGGAAUUUUUGCACACAUACUAAUGGCGAGUCUGCUCCGAUGUGGACGCUAUUUUUUAAAUCAACCGUUACAGUGGCAAGUUACACAAUCUACAACCGAGUUGAUAGUAAGUAGAAUGUUCAUAUAGCACGAGGAAUGCCUUAAUAUAUAAAGUAUGUUUGUCCUUAUCCUCUUACUCUAACAUUCUCGUAAUUGAUACUUACUUCAGAAUCGUUCUUUCAUAAUCCUAAAGAGUCUCUUAUUCCCCAAUGUCUCUAAUACAGCAUCUCUCACUAUACCACAUCUCUCAUAAUACGACCUCUCUCAUAAUACAACCUCUCCUCUACCAUCAUCAAUCCGAUUUCUUUGCAAAUCUCUCAAACAAGAAAUUGUUUUCCAACUCUAUGUAUCAAAUGCGCACAUUCCCAUCUCAAACCCCUAAUCUAUUUAUUAAUCUCUUCCCACAUGAACUACUAUCUUUAAUCUUAUCUCUCGAACACGUUAUACUCAAAUCUUAAACAGAACAAUGACCCCACCUUGGCCCUUCGAAAUAGAAUUGUACUUUAAUUAAUGUUCAUGGAUUCCAUGCUACGCUAAUGUUUAGAACCAAAUUUUUUACAAGGAAUGUAAUUCAUUAAAUUUUAUUUCAAAUUUUUAAUCCGCAUGAUUCAGUGUUUGUUGAUGUAAAAGUAAUUACACUACUUUAACCUCUUAGCCAGCCUCUCCGAACCUGAUGAUCCGAAUUUCUAUCGAUCUUUUGUAAUCAAACUUAUAUUCUUCACAUUCUUACCCAACAGAGUUCCUUUUUAUCAUUUUUUUACAUUUUGAUCAAUAUCCAACAUUUACGCCCCAUCUCGAUAAUUCAGAUCUCCUCCUUAACCAUUAGGGCUCCCGAAAGUCCAUAAAAAUACCAUAUCGCCGGAAGCUUCCAUUAAAUUAUUCCAUUUAAAAAUCAAUAAACUUUCACAAAAACACAAUAACUAUCUUUAAUGCCUUAUUAUAUACAUUGUUUUGCGUGACGUCAAAACGACAUGCAUUGUCUAUUUCUAUUCAUUAUUAUGACACCAUAAAUACUUUAGGAAUAAUGUGUACUAAGCUCAAUUCAUCAAUUUGCCAAAUAAUAGUGUUUUAAAAUAUAUCUAAGAGUCAAUAAGAGUCAAAGUUACCGGUAUAAUAGUUUGAAAUUCCAAAUAAUCAUUACAAUCUAAUACAUUUCGUAAAAUUGUAUACUUUAUUUUUAUAUGAUUUUUUUCAGAUAAAUCACAAAUUAUUAAAGCAUUGAAACUAGAUCUAUUUUAAAUGAAUGAUUUUAUAAGAAGAAUUAUUUCUAAAAUCAAUAAAUGCAUUGAAACUAUUUUAAAUGGAUGAUUUUAGAAGAAGAAUUAUUUCUAAAAUUAAUACCAAACAAUGCUAUUUCAAAUAAACGUUUAUUCAGCCUUCUACUGUAUACUCGUCUAAAAAAAUUAUUUAAUUUUUUAAGGUGCGUGAAAAAUAUGGGGCAGAUUAUUUUUUAUUGUGAUAUUAAAAAUUUAAAAUCAUUUUGGAAUCUAAUAAAUAAAGUCUAAGUUUUUUGCAACAUCUCUGAAAAAAAUUGUCACGAAACUUGCACAUUUAAAGAAAACACAAACGCUUUUAAUGCCAUGAUCAAUUUAUAAUUUGUUAAUUUUUCAGACAAAAUUGUACAUAAUGAAUUGAUGAAACAUGCAUUUGAUUUUUCAUCUUUGUAAAACAAAACAAAAAAUGUAUUUAUUUUUCAUAUUGUUCUAGCUCAACAUACAAGGAGUCAAGUAUAUAGUAAUGUUAACAAUAAAGGGGUCAUUCGCAAAUUACGUCACGCUCAGUCGUGCACAUCUUCUGUGCAUAUCGAAAAAUGAAGCAAAAACUGUUGUGGCCUUUUUACUUUCUGCUUUGGGAGGACUUCUUGUUUUGCGUUUUACGUCACAGUUUUCUAAUUAUACUACAUCUUAAUCGAUUACGGGAAAAUGUUAAAGAAUAAAGUAAAAUCUUAGAUUACAUAAGAACAUUUUAUUUAUGUUUUGAUUUUUUUUAGGUGUGACGUGACACUAUUUCAGGGCUUGGUAAAGAAUUUGUGACAAUAAGUGACAGGGGGAAGGGGCCUUAAAAGGUCUCUAUUUGCGAACAACCUCUAACUCUACUUUUAAAAGAAAGAGGCUGUCAUACAAUUUUUAAUUAAAACCAAACGCAAGGUUUAUAGUCAUGCUUUAAUCAUGAAAUAUAAUUUGAAAACAUAUUUAACGUGUAAGAUACCUAGCGAGAACUGUAUUAAAAUUGUAGAACUUGGUAUUUAUGUACAAUUAGUUCAAUGCCAUGCUAUUUAUGUCUUGAAACUAUUUCUAUAAACUGUGCAUAAAAAGGUUAAUGAAAAUAACUAAAGCCUUCCUGCUCUUACGAUCGAUGUGUAUUUAACAUUAUGUAGCAAUUUUCAGGGUCUUAAAGUAAGAAACGCUUUAAAUAUAAAGAUAUUUAUUUGGAAAAAUCGGUAUGCAUUUGAACACGUGGUCUUUAAAAUUAUUACUUUAAAAUAUUACUAGGUUAAAUGAGUGGCGUAGCUAGGGUUGGUGGUACCCGUGCGGUAAACUCAUGGUGUCAUCCCACUCCAAAAUGGAUUUUAUAUUGUUAAAAUAACUCAACAGUAUAACAAUGACAAGAAAAAAAGUAAAUUAAUUAAAGGCCAGGAGUUAAACGUAUUCAAAUACUCUAUUUAAAAAUGUAUUUGGACAAAAUAUAAAAGGAAAAGAAAUAACAACGUUAAACUAUAGUUAUUUUUACAUUCAAUUUUCUUUAUUUAAAAGUUCCUUUCCUGAUCUUCACAGUUGCAAAUCUUUUAACCCCUUGAUCAAAUUCAAUAUCCUUCACCUUAUUACUUUAGACUGACAGUAGAGCCAGAUCAGAAAACCGUGACGGUGGAUCGUAAAUAGGUCUUGAUAAGCCUCAGUUUUGACAAGCUCCGUUGACAGGAAGCCACAGAAUCACAGAUUCAACAACAAUUUAUGGCUCAGCGAGAGUAUUGGAUUGGAUUCUAGGAGGUCACAUUCAUUCAUUCUUUCAUUUCUAAAGAUCAAAUACUGACCAGUUCUUAAAUUUGUGAAAUUUGUGAAAUUCAAUAUAACCUGCCUUUAGUGGGUUCUAAGCUGACGUAUUUCCUUUGAAAGUUCUUCCUCUUACAACUCAUCAUUGAAAAAGUUUAACUUUGGAACGGAAACCAAUAACACUUUUUCACUAGUUGAUAAUGGACUCUUAAGUUGAACAGACCUAAAAUAUCUUCCUUGAUCAAUGAUGAUUUGAUCUGGAGUUCAACAUGAAAGCGAGCAAUGCUCACCCGCAUCUCCCUUCUCUUUUCUUCUCGCAGCUAGAGUCCAGCAAAUAUUAAUUAUUCUCCAUUCAUUCUCUUCUGAAUCAUUAGUGUUUCGCUACCGAAAUUCCAUUUAAAAGUACAUUUUCAAUAGCUUGUUCCACACAGUGACAGCGCUUCUCAUGCAGAAACAAUCUAAAGCCUCUAGGCUCGUCACCACUUUGUCAAGAGUAAAGCCUUGAUUCUGCAGAUACUUAUCUUUAAGUAAAUCAUCCCAAAGUAAAAUUAGCAGAUAAACGUAAAAUCACAGAAGGCAUAUAGAAGACAUCGUGUUGCAUAACGAUCAGGCUCUAAUAAUAGAGUAAUUAUAAAAAGUGUUGGACUAGAAUAAAGCCUUAAAAAAGAUUAAUUCCACACCCGCAAUUUGUGUCAAUAUAACACAAUAAGGUAAGCUUUAAUGAUAAUUUUCUAGAAUACAAAAGUAUACGUUUCGGCACAUGCCUUCAUCAGUACAACAAAAAGACAAAUAUGUAUACAUUAAAUUUACGUAAUAUAUAUAUACAGAUAUCUACCUAAAAAGAGAGGAGAAAAGAUAGGAGUGGGUGAAAAAACAGACAGAAGCAAAGUAAAGAAAAGUGUAAAGGAAGCGAUUUGAGCAAAAUUGUAAAAACCAAACAGUAAAGAGACAUGGCAGCUAGGUAAAAUUGUGGAUUUGGCCUAUUUUAUGUGUUGCAAUGGCUACGGUUGCAACUUUUGGUGCCCUUAUGUGCUAUGAUAGCGGGGAGGUGGCUUCUAACUAGCAUGUCCCCAAGGCUCUUGUCCCUACUGAAAGCGAAAAUAAAGCUAUAUGAAGAGUAUAAUUAUAAUAUAACAAUACGAAAUAACAUUUAAAUAUUUUUUUUUAGAAUAUUAUUUAUUUGUAAAAAGUAGCUUUGCCGGCGGGGAAUCGAACCCCGGUCUUCCGGGUGACAGGUGAUGAUAUUCACCACUAUAUACUGAGGAGGUGUCUGCAAGCGACUUAUGCAUUUUAUAUUCAUGAUUUAAUUGACCACAUUCUGCGAAUAAUGCUUAGCGUUAUCGUCAGACCGAAAUCUGUGAAUAACAACGAGCGUUAUCUGCAAAGCUCUGUGAAUAGUCACUUUGUUAUUUAAAUUCUCAGGGCUCAGGGCAGUCAGAGGUCCUCGUCUGAGCAAUCCUUGGGUGCCAGGCUUCUGGGGGUGAAAUUAAAUUAAGCCAAGCUUUUAAGUAUCAUAAAUGACAUUUAUAAUUCGAAGUUGUGGGUAACAUGACCAUAACGUAUUGUCAAAAACUUUAACCGCAGCGCACUUUGCUUUAAUAGCUGUCAUUUUAAGAAAUCAGCUGUAAAGUCACGUGAACGAAAAAAAUUGUCUUCGAUUGGGUAUCGCAUCAUACAAUUGCUUGAAGGUGAAAAAUAAAAUUCUCUGUUGUGUCCAUAAAUCCGCACACAAAAUAGUGCCUUCAAACACGAAUUGCAUCAAAUGUUUGAAGGAAAUUUCGAUAGUGUGAACCAAAGCUCAAUGUUGACAGCAUACAAUAUUGGUUAUAACUAUGACCUUUAAGUUUACAUUACUACAUGUGCGCCGAAGAACUGUAAUGAAACAUCAGCAUAUUUUUUAGGGUGCAUUCGUUUGUAUAUCGUGAAUACUGUAACACAUGCUUCUUUUGUACACUGCAAUUUCAAUAUUUGCACACGACACUGGGCGAAGGAAUAUUUAAGAAAAGCCUGUAGUUAUAAACUUAUUUUUUUGGAGGAAGUAGUAUCUCAUGCAAUUUAAUUGAGAGAGUAGUGUAUACAAUUGAUAAUAACGUGCGUUCAUUUUACAUUUAAUUAAUAAAUGUCUAAGAAGUAAAUGAAUAAAGAAAUAUACAUUGAGGAUGCAUAAAAUGUAUUUCUGCAGGUUUUAAUUUAAUCUUUCGAACAGUGUCGGAAUUUUAUCACCAAUAAUUAUGUAAUGGUUGGGACCCAAUAUAUGGGACAUCCUGAUAUGGCCACAUUAAUGUUUUGACCAUUGCUUAUUAAAUAUGCAAAGUAAUGCAUGUGUACAUAUGUAUACAUUGUGUAUCAAUGCAAUAUAAUAAAGUAAAACACAUACUGACAAGAUCAUAAUAAUAUUGCAAUUCAUAUUUAAUUUUGAAUAUAUUUCAAUUUUUAAUUAUUUAUUAAGCCAAAAUAUGACUAUUUAAGAAUUUUUACAUAAUAUUUGUAUUAAUACAUCAGCAAAAUGUGACAAAUAAAUGCGAAUAUGGGUAGAAAACGGAAGAAAAUUGAUUUGCUGUGAAACUUUAAAAAUUAGUUUUUGUCACAAUUGCAGCACAGACAUAGAUUAAAAGCUACAUAUGAACUUACUGCGACCUUUACAUCUUUCUAGUUUGCACCUUUGGACUAACUUUUUGAUGUAGAUUGGAAAAUGGCCGAACUUAUCAUAUCGGACCUUUGAUUCUGUUCUCUCUGCAGCGUUGCUUGCUUUGGAGAAGGAAUUAAAGUAUUUAAAUUAUCAAUAACUGCUAGUGCUUUGGGUCUACCAACAGGUCGGCAAAGCUGUGGUAUGACCAAGCUUGACUUCAUCAAUGUGUCCGCAACUUCACUCUUUAAACCAAGAAGAUCCAAAAUAGUUUUAGGCUGAUUAUUAUGAAUUUCAAUGUCACGAUACUGUAAUCAUGAAUUUUAAAGUGCAAAGUCUACAAAAUUAAAUUUCCUUGUUUUAGCUCUAAACCAAUACUUUGAAAUAAGAAAGUUCAUUUCUAUACUCCACCCAUAAAGUCAUCAUAGACCUAUAUGCAUUUUGGUCUGUCCACAGAAAUAAAUUCUAUGCUACUCACUCUCCAUCGUUGAACUUUAUCAAGAUGUCCAACACCAACAAAACUGGAAGUUAUUUUAACUGGUUUAUUGCCGUUCCAUCUGCUCAUACAUAUAUAUCCUUCUGCACUAACAUUGCAGUUAUUUGAUCUACGACAAUCUUUUUCAGGUCUUUUUCUGAUUUCAGAACACAUCCCAUCCUUCUGUUGGAUUUAGCAACUCCUAAGGAAUAAAUACCUAACCGUUUUAAUUCCUUAAUGAGAGGAAGUCCAGUAAAAAUAAAAAAAUGUUAAAACAAAGUAAUUGUAGUUUUCGUUACGAAGUAUUAUUUGUGCUUGGCGGAGAACAAUUGAAGCGCAAAGUCCCAAAUGUUGUUUUUUUUUCCCAGGAAUUCCACUUCCUGCUCCUUGAUAAAGUACACAAUCUAUUGCUCGUCCAGAUCUGCAACAAAAAAAAGAGAAAUUUUCACUCCAACUGGAGGUAGUUUUCCUUUGAUAAAUUGUUUUGCCGGCACUUUAAUUGAAUGGAAUCAUCUGCUCGUCGAUUGAACUUAAUUAUUAUUUGGGCAUCUGUUAGCAAUGAGCUCUUAUUGCUUUGACGAGCGGUUAAAAUUUCCAAAAGAUAUUUUGCAGCUCUUUUGGUUGAGCUUUUUCUCCAGCAUGAAUGUGCAUGCUGCUUCGAAGUUGCAUAUAGUGAUUGACAGGCAUGAUUUCAGCAACAGAGCUAACUCUGGUGGCAUUUUGCCAAUACAUUCUAGUUCUGAGAAAUUUUAAAUAACCCAUAAAAAAAACUUAUUGUAAAAGAAUUUUGCAACUCUUCUGCAACAGUAUUUAAAAUGUUUCCAGUUUGCAUAAGAUAAUACCGUAUAUAUUUGUUUGCCCAACAAAUGUUUCAAAUGUUUCAGCCUUGAAUUAUUCCAGAAAAUAUUGGCAAGGGAAUGAAAAUCCAAUUCCAUAAUCAAAUUGAUCUUUCCAUAUGGUAUUUGGAUUAAAUGGUUCUCUUGGAGAGCGCCAUUUUUUAAGGUAGAUUUGUCAGGGCAUUGAGGGGCCGACACCAGCAUUGUUAUUUUCGUCAUUUGCAACAUGAUCGUAAUCAGUACUUUGAUGUGGUUCAUCAUCAUCAUGGGCCUCAUUAUCAGGGCUUUACAUUUCAUCACUCGGGUCAUCGGACUUGGACUAAUAAGAUUCACAAUUAACAAGGUGAUCCAGUACAUAUUCAGCAGUAAGACGUUGUAAUUAAGGUCUCAGCAUCAUCAUCAUCAUGUCCCUUAGUCCUUGGACAUUUUGGGCGCCAUAGAUGACAUGUGAACCAUCCUCCUCCAUUCUUCUCUGUCUUCUGCACAACGCACAGCAUCGCCCAGUGUCAGUCCUGUCCACUCUUUAAUGUUAUCCUCCCAUCUUUUUCCCUGUCUUUCUCUUCUUCUCCCUCCUCUUGUGGUGCAUUGCAAUAUUUCUUUGGCAAGCCCGCGUUUCCUUAUUUCAUUGCCGUUCCAUUGCAAUUCGCGUUUUUUUUUACAGUCAUCAGUAGGACAUCGUAUUUCCCAAUUGCCUGGCGAACGCUUUCUUUCACUGUAUCAUUGGAGAUAUGGUCCCUAUAGCAUAUGCCAAAAUGCUUAAGCAUCUCACCUCUAUCGUUUUUAUUUUCCUUUCAACAUCGUCUGUUAAUGUCCAGGAUUCUCAGGCAUACAGGAAAAUGGAGAGGACUAAUGAGCUCAUCAGCCUAAUUUUGGUGCUGGGGGAUAUAUUUUGUCAUUCCAUAUUUUCUUGAGUCUCUUUAAUGCUGUUGUAGUCUGCACAAUCCUGGACAUCAGUUCCGGCUUUUAGCCUUCGUCUAAGACUAUUGCUCCCAGAUAUUAGAAGCGGCUAACUGUCUUUAGUGUUUCCUCCCCGACCUUAAUUUCAGUGGUGAUGCAUGUGGUGUUAUUUGUCAUCAGUUUUGUCUUAUCAACACUGAUUAGCAUGCUGUCGGACGACGAGGUCUUAUCGUGACACUUUACCAGGUUGGCUAGCUCCUCUUCAUUCCCAUCCAGUCCGUCUAUGUCAUCCGCAAAGCGUAGGUAGGUGAUUGGUCUGGCACCAAUGAUUACUGUCCCUUCAUGCGCUUUCAGAGUAUUUGACAUAAUUGUCUAUAGGAAGAUGUUGAACAGGGCGAGGAAGAGCUGGCAGUUUUGUCGUGCUCCAACCGUGGUCUUGAACCAUUCUGCGAUGUGUUGUUGACGAAGACUGUACUGGUGGCCUUAUCAUAGAGGUUGCAUAUAAUUCUGGUGAGGUUUGUGUUGAUGUUGUAGUGCCUCAUGGUGGCCCAUAAAGCAGCAUUCCAAACCCGUUUGAAUGCUUUCUUGAAGUCCACAAAAACGUGGCUUAGGUUUUGUUGGUGUUGAGCAUAUUUCUCACACAGUAUUCAGAGGUUUAGAAUCGGCUCAGUAGUGCCCCGUCCUUGUCUCAAGCCCACCUGUUCUUCAGCAAUGAUUCUGUCGGCAUAUGGUUUUAGUCGUUCAAUAUGACCUUCAGAAUGACCUUGCUUAGAUAGCUUAUUAGGCUAAUUGUGCGAUAGUUUUUGCAUAGCUGUAGGUUACCUUUUGGGGAAGGGUGACGAUGAACGAUUGGGUCCAUGGUUUGGGCCAUUCUCCUGUAAGCCAGAUUUUGUUACAAAUAUUGAAGAGGGAACGUAUCAUUGCUUCUCCUCCUUACUUCACCAACUCAGCAGGAAUAUUAUCUGCUCCUGCGGCUUUUCCUGCUUGGAGUGCCUGGACUGCUGCUUCUAAUUCUGCGCGGAGAAUAGUGAAGUUAUCAUUGUCUGUUGCUGGAGGCACAUUAAGGAUCUCUGGGUUUAUCUUUAUACUUUCAUUAUACAGCUCUGAACAGUAUUCAGUCCAUCGUUUUAUGAUAUUAUUUUCCUUGGUUAAACAUUUACCAAGCAGUUUUCAAUAUCGUAGCAUUUCUCUUCAAUCAAUUUCUUCUUUGCCCUUUUCAUACUUUUUUCAUGGCAUUGUUAAUUGUACUAUAUUUAAUGACCCCUCGGUAUCUAUCAGUUUUGUUUUCUUUAACUGCCGCCGUUUAUCACAAAGAUCAAGUAUGUCAGCAGUCACCCAUAGUUUUCGGGUUGGUCGAUGUUUACCAAGGAUUUGUGAACUGUGUGCGUAACAGCUGUGUUGAAGUUAUCAAUCAAUGUGUCCAUGUCUGAAAAGUCGGCAUCUAUGAUGUUAAGCGCUGAAAAUUUCCCUCCUAUUUUUGCUUGGAAUGCCUCUGCUACUUUUGGAUCCUUCAGUUUUUUAAAGUCGAAUUUGAUUCUGGUAUUUACUUUUUUGUCUACUUUCUUUAAAUGCAGCCUAUAGGUCAUCAUGACUAUGUAGUGGUCGCUUCCAAUAUAAGCUCCAGGGAAGCUGUGAGUCUUGGCAGUCUUUAUACUAGACAGGAAGCAUGUUUGCAACAUGAUGUAGUCAAUCUGGUUGUGGUGUUUCCCAUUGGGGCUGUGCCAAGUGGUUUUCCUGCACAUUUUAUGUGCACUCAAUUUGUUGGACAGUAUGGGUUACAUUACAGUGGCGAACGCACGUUACUUACCAGUUUUCAUAGGCAUCUUCUCCAAUGUAUCAUUCCAAUCACCUUGAACGACAAGAACGUCCUUUGAGGUCUACCUAAAUGAAAAUAGAAAAAAAAUAGCGAAUAUUUUUUCAGAUAAAUAAUGAGAUAUUUUAAUAAUGGACAGUAUUAUAGUACUUCUGAAUGGGACCGCAAUUUGAAGGGUUUUUCAAGGGUUUUAUUGUAGAGAUUGUGGAGGGCCAUGGUGGAUAAAUUAAGGGAUGAUAAUCAUAUAAUUACUUUUAAAUUUGAUUUUAAUGAAUAAUUUCCCUUGUUGUACAAUGAUUUUAAUUGUGUAUUUUAAUUGAGUUCUCAAUUUUCUAAUGAAUAGUUGUCAAUUUAAUAAUGAGUGGUUUUCAAAAUAAUAAUUUGAUUUUAAUUAAUGGUGUCUUUUGUGUAUUUUCUAAUGAGUGGAUGUCAAAGUUAAAGAUUAUAAAUAUAGACAACAAGGAGAUGAUAUCAGAUAAAUGCAAGGCAUCGAAUAGUUUUUAUAACUUUUAUUUAUUUUUUCGUAACAGUCAUUGUAGCAUCAUAAUCAUAUUUAAGUACAUAGUAUAUAUAUAUAUAUUUUAAUUGUAUAUUUAAGUGGUUCUCAUUUUGUGGGGUUCCAUUUUCUAACGAGCGUUUCUCAUUGUGUGUGAGUCAUAAGGGUCUUUUCUUCUUAUGCAAUACUUCUUUUGGUUUUUUUAAAUGAUAAGGUUAUAUAAGUUAAUUGAAGGGUACUCAAGGUUGGGUUAGGUAUUUUAUCGAGUGGUUCUCAUUAUGGGGGGGAGGGGUCCUUUUAAUUGUAUUUUUUAGUUUUUAAAAUUAGUAUUACUAUUGUAUUUUUUUAGUUGUCUUGUAUAUUUUAAGCGGUUCUCAUUAUGUGGGGUUCCAUUUUCUAUCGAGUGUUUCUCAUUGUGUGGUAGUCAUAAAGAUGUUUUAUACUUCUGGAAUACAUAGAAACACUGAAAAUAUACUAUUGACAGAAAAUAAAAAUAAUUUAAAAAUUACACAAUUGAAUUAUUUAAAUUUAAAGAUCUAAUUAGAGAUUAUAAAUGCAUUUGGAAGGCUUGGAAUCAAAUCUCAUUUUGAUUAUGACCAAACAAAAUUACUUUGGGCUUUAACUUUACGGCAGAUAAAUAUCUUAAUUGUCAUUAGAAUAAAUUAACGUAGCGACAAGUGAAAUUAGUAAAGUUUAUACAUUUUUUACUUUGAUCUGUGUACUAUAUAUUAGGCCUAGACAAUUACAUACAAUUGAUAGAUAUGACUAAAUAGAUUUAGUCGUAUGUUCUCAAAAUCUUCUGUGAAUAUCUGUAAGCGUAGGCUAAGUACAAUGUAAGCCCUACGGCUAAUUCUAAUUAAAAUCAUAGUUCAAGUGAAAUGUUAAUGCUUAACUUCUCUUUUUCCUUAUUAUUUUUAAAUAAUAAUACAUAUACAUUUUAAAUCUUAAUAUAAAACUUUAUUAAAUUGACAACGUUGAUAAACAAACACAAGACAACUCGAACUCUAGUUAGUACGAAUCCUAUUAAUCAGUGUUUAACCUAUUAUCGCACUUUUCUUAUUUGUAGCAUGCUGUGAACAUUAGCGUGCACCACUAUUUCAAAUAUUCUGUAGCACACUGAAAUCUUUUUUAUAAAAAAAAACAAAUCAUAUUUUCACACAAAAAAACCCAACAGAAAUAUAUUGUUUCAAAAUGCAUUAUCAGAGGAAAUCUAACUGUAAAUUAAAUAUUUAAACUACAAAACACUUACCUGAAUGCAUAUUUUGUUCCUUGGAAGCAAUCGUGGAUGUCAAAAUAUUAUAAACUUUACCGGGAAAAGAUUUCAGAUCAAAAAGUUCAAUAAUUUGUAAUAAUUUUAUAAAUAGCAAAACAAUAUUUUUAAAAAAAAUAUUCAAAUAUAGAAUUACAGUUUAAGUCCUGUGUACAAAUGUACGAACGGGUUUUGUUCUGAGGAUUAAUAAUUGUGUGGAUCAAGUGCUUAUUGGGCUAUAAUACUUGAGAUUUCAUCUUGUGUAUAAGUGGCAGUAAAUGCUCUACUAUAUAAAUUUAGAUAACUAUUAUCACUGUGUUCCCUCAAGACACAACUCAAAUUGUAACAUUAGCGUCAGAAGGGGUUUUUGAACCCACGCCAACAAGUAGUAAAGAGGAUUAUAUGUUGAAACUAUGUUAGGCAGUUUAGGAAAUGUAUCACUUCACCAAGUAAAAUUUUUUUCCUUUUUGAAAAGGUUGUUUUCCCCCCCCCCCCCAAAUGUUAGUGAGAAUUAAAAGUUACCGUGUUUGAAAAAGAUGGACCAACAUUUAAAAAAUGAUAGAAAAACGGAAAGAAAGAAGUUUCGCUUAAAUUUCAUUUUGUGAAUGCGAAACCUACUGGAGACACUGGCAUGAUUGUGAUCGACCAGACUUCCUGUUCCGUUUCCAUGAGAGCAUACUUAAAUAAUGAUAGACAUCGAAAUUUCGAAACGAUAGACAUCGCAAUGGGAGACGCUUAGUCACUUCCUUUUUUGGUCACAUGAUGAGAGUAAGCAAUCACUAGGCUGCUACACACAACAAAUGUUACUUCAUCAGUGCUUCCCCAAUGUCAUGUUAUUUAAAAAAUUUAACUUUCAAAAUAUUCUGGAAUACACGCGUUUUUUAAAUGAAAUAAAUAAAUGUGACAAUACAUAUACGUCAGUUAGGAUUAAAGGAAUAAAGUGAUUUCAAGAAAAAAUUGUGAGCGAUAUUCGAUGGGAACUAUCAAUACUAUCAUCGGCAGGCUGUUGUUGAGCUCCGUGCGUGCCCAUGACGUCAUUUGCGUGUUUAUUCAAUAUUUGUGCAGGAGUCAUUCCCCUUUGUUUAUUUUAUUGUUAAUUUUCAUUUAACGAAAUGUCGACAUACCCAUGCCGUCAUUUGCGUUUUUAUUCAAAAUUGGUGUGGCGAAGGAAUAUUUUAAUAACCGGUUGGAACAAGAUUCCAUGUGAAUAAUUAACGAAGGUCCACUUUGUCAAGACUUUGUCUUAAAUUUUCUUUAUCCUUAAGCGGAAACUUAUGCAGACUUAUACCGCUGUCCUCAACUUGACUGUUUGAAUAGCAAAAAGCCGAACAUUGCCUAGGCAUCUUGAAUUACUAGUUGUAGUAAAGCACUAGUGUGUUGUAUACAGCAUACAGGAAGUCUUACUCAUUUUUACUCUCAUCACGUGACAAAUAUAUCGACUAAGCGACUCCCAUUGUGUUGCCAGAUGACGUCUAAUUAAAUAUUCUUUACUCUUCCACAUUUUUUCUAACACUGUCCCCAUGAUAGUAAUUUAAUUAUUUAAAUCUUCAAAAGAAGAAUUUAAAAUAAUAUUUAUAAAGGUUUUAAUUAUUUCACAUCAAAUUUAGUAAUAUGUAUCUUAUAUAAUUAGCCGGGAAAGAUCAAACAAGACGGGUCAAACAACCAGAGUGUGGUUCAAUAAUGCAUUCACUAGCGCGUAAAAAAUAAUUUCCGAUAACUACGCUAAAUGAUAUAUAUAUAUAAUUUAUAUAUAUUUUUUUUAAUAACGCAAUUGUGUUUGAUGCGUAACAUUUUCUUUUCGGAAAUGAACUCGUAUCAAUUUAAGUAUCGUGUAAAAAAAAAUCGGUUCAAAAGUGGUUGGGACAUGAGAAUAUUAAUAGAGUUCAUGGGCGUGAAAUAAAAAGUGUGCAGUGACGUAUCAUAGGAGAAAGCGUGUAGCAAAUAUUGGGAUUCUUUUAAAUUGCGUUACUUGAGUUCAAGUUUUGUCAAGUAACUUUACUAGAUAGGAAGCUCACGCCGCCAAUGUUUGGCGGGCUCCAUCUAGUACAUAAAUUAUUCGCCAGCAAAGGUUAAACACCAACACGGUCCCCGAUAACUACGCUAUAUGAUAUACACAUUUUCUUAAUAACGCAAUUGCGUUUGGUGCGUAAUAUUUUUUUUUCGAAAAAAAAAAAUCACCCAAUUUAAGUAUUGCUUAAAAAAUAUUCGGUUUAAAAGGGAUUGGGACAUGAGAAUAUUAAUAAAGUUUGGACAACUGUGUCUUUCACGAAGUCUUCACUCGUCUAUGAGCAAAUUAUGCGAAUAAUCCUACGCCGCGGGUCGUCUAGUACAUUUUAUUUAUUCAAUUAUACUAAAUAAUCUACACGUUCUCACUUCCCGCUAAUAUAAAAGAAUAAUAUCAUUAAGGAGAGAGAUUAAAUACCGCUAAAAUAAAAUACGUAUUUUUUUAAUUCUAAGUUUUUUUGUGCUUUAAAUAUAAUUGAUUUCUCAUUUUAUAAACAACAGGUGCCGAUCCAAGUGGAAGUCUUUUAAAACGAUUGAAAGGAUUUAUUCUUACAACGUUUGACCCAAACCAUAAGAUUGUCCAAAAUUACACUGAUACUGAGACAUCAGCUUUGGACGUGUACGACGUUCUAUCAACUGAACCAUGGACUCAAGUUUCAAAGGUUCAAAUAACAGCCACAUAUAAAUCACCUUACAGUAUCCUAACUCUCUGUGAAGUGGAGAUUUUUGGUGGUAAGUUUGAAGUUAGAAGAAUAUGAUACGUUUCUUAAUAACCUUGUUAAUUUAACGUUGAUAUACAAUUUUAAUAGGACAUACUGAAUGCAUUUCUUUAAACAUUUAACACAGAAUAGAUCAAUCAUUAAAUGGAAAAGAUAGGUUUUAAGAAUGUAACAAGUUUAUACAAUUUAGUAACACAUAUACAAUAUAAAGCAAUGGGUGACUAUGUUUGUUUGUAAAUGGGUCGAUCAUUCAUAAGAAAAUCAAACAAGGAUAACAACGAAACUCGACAUGAUUAUUUCUCUUCAUCUAUAGAUAAUUCGUAAGAAGUUAGUUUAUAAUUCUCUGAUCGAAAAAGAUAUAUUUUUUUUUUUUAAAUCGUAAAAUGUAGAGGGUUAAGUAAUUUUUAAACAUUUUUUUUUCAUUUUUAAUUAGUCAAAUGCCGGCUUUGCUUUGCCUUGCAUUUGGAACUAACACUCAUAAAACCUUAUAAACAAACAUGACUUCAAAAAACAUCGCUAAACUAAAAAUUAAAAAUAAAAUUGACUCCAGACUCUUAGAACGAAUCCAGAAAAACAAUCACAAAAUACUGGUAAAAUUUGAGGAAACGGUAUCGGUUUUUUAAAGAGUUGUCUUACCCUAAGAUUAAUGACGUCACAUUGGAUAAUCUUAACACUAGACUUAGGGUGAAUAGAUCUGUUCUUUGAAGAACCCAAACGAUGUGUGUUAUAACAUUUCUUUUUUUAUUGAGCACAAUUGAGUACCCGGCAUGCGUUGCAAUGACAAUCAAAGAAAGAAAUUGUUUGCAUUUUAAUUAUGUUUCUUCAAGAGCUUUUAUAUACACGAAGUGUUUCUUGUUUUUCCGCCUGGUGCAUACACGAAUAAAUUACAAGAUUUUCUGACGCGAGAGCAUGCCAUAUACAGCUCUCCAUGGGAGUAGGAUGGGUUUUACAAAUUUAGUCCGCACACUUGUAGCGAUCGUCCCUGUGCUUUAUAGAUAAUCAUUGCAAUCGCGAGUCGCACCAGAAACUGCAGAAUUUUAAAUUCAAAUGACAUAUCUGUUGGAAUCAUUGGUAUGCAUGGCAACAGUAAAUUACCUCCUUUACAUUUUCCAUUUAAAAUAGUAGAUUCAAUGGGACAAAUUCCGGAAGAUUUAUUGGAACAAAUGAACCUAAUUCUUGGUUAUCAAAGUGUGUUUCUCGUUGCAAAUCACUAAAAAAGUUUGUUUGCAGAUUGAUUCGGAGAGGUCAUUCCCAACUCUACCAGUGCUUUGUUAGAGAUGCCAAACAUAUGUCCUCAAUCGAAACCAAUGCCUCAUUAUACACGUUUGAUGUACAUUUAUUGUCUAGAUAUUGAUUUGCUGCACGCAACGUUGUAGGGUUCUUCACUGAUGUUGUCUUUGUAUUUAUCCCAAAGAUCUUUUGUAUUGGACGGAAAGCACGUUGUCAAUAUGAUUGCAAAUAAGUGCGUACUUGCUGUGGUUGCGCAAUAUUUGAUUUCUUCAGAGAUCGAAGUGUCCCAGUGAGCAUCGUUUUCAUUAAGUUUUAAUUCUUGGCAAGCUUCACGAUAAGUGAGACAUACUUGACCGUUUACUGUUCUCAGUUAUUGAAAGGAUGUUGGUACACCUACUUUGAUUAACAGUAUAAGCAAAUAAAAGCAUUGUGAAUUGUUUAGGUGAAAAGUGUACAGACUGCCUAAUGCGUGGGCCGAAUAUAAAUUGGGGUUUUCUUCAAAUGCUUUACUCUGUUUGCGACGUUGACAAAUUUUUGCUGAUGCAUUCCAUGUGUAAUACGUUUGAAGUUCAGAGUAAAGUAGCGUCUUUGCAAAAAUAUCCUUCCCGCACAAUGAGAAAAGACAGUUAGCAUUAUUGAAGGAGGUGACACUGCUCUUACACGUGCAUUUUCUGUUUUGAAGUACCCGCGCUGUCCGUUUUCAAGGUGCACUUUUAAGUAAACAACUGUUGGAUGGCGUUCAUGGAUUGGAAUGGAUAGAAUGCGCCAUACCGCUUCAUUGCUAUUAAUGUAGCGUCCAAGCUGAUAUUGGUAGACUUCAUACAUUGAAACAGUUAAUUUUUACACCCCAAAAACUGCCCUAUGGCUUCCUUUGUUAACAUAUUUGCAAAUGUUUUUGAUCGAUUUCACCGAAUUGCAAUACUCUACAUUGAUGUGCGCUUUGAAAGUUUUCGAGAGUAACGGUGAAUACGGUACAAAUCAACGAUUAUCGACUUCAGCAUUAUUGUUUCUUACUUUUAAAAUGAUUGAUUUGCCACCAUCUUCAGUUGAUCAUUUACGAUACAGUGGAUAGUCAUCAUUGCCAGUGAUAGUCUCCACAAUUAAUUCUCUUGGGUAUUGUUUUGUGCAUUUCCCAUCAUACAUGCAUGGUGAAUUUUUGUUGAGUAGGCCACAUGGACCGUGAAUCUUGUUUUUGGUUACGAUUUCUAAUAAGUUUUGAUCAAUGUUGGCAUUUGGAAUUUCUGCAGAAAUGAUUUUAUCAAUUUGAUCUCGUCUGAUUUUUUUCUAUCACCAAAUUAAAAUUUGUGCAUGUGGCAAUCCUUUUUUUUUUUUGCCAUUCAACGGAAUCCAUCAAACAACGUGUCUCUCCAAAAACAUGAUAAUUAACCAUAACAUAUAUUAAAGAUUUCAAUUUUUGUUUGAACACACGAGCAGUAAUAUCUUGACGAUCUGAUGCUGAUUGUACAGUUAACAAAAGUUCUUGUAUUUCCCCGCACUUAGGGUUGCACGUAAAUGUAAUAAAAAAAUCUGGGCGGCCUUAUGCGCGAACAUCGCAUCUUGUGCAUAUUCAUGCAUGUGACGUGAUCUUCCAGUAAAUGUCGCAGGUAGUAUAACCAUUUUCCCCAAUUCAUUUCGAUUCACAUUGCCAUUAUUCACAAUUGCAUCACGUAAAUGAAUGUACUAUUCGGAACGCAACUUGCUUUGAUUUACUCGAAUGUGGAGGAGUCGUUCGGUUUCGAUUUUCGCAUACAUAUCAACAAUGUAUUGAUGGAACAAUAGUCGCAAUCUAGAUAUGAUUUUCAGCACUCUUCUUCUUAUUCUUCUUCUUCUUUAUUUUGAGGGCCCACGAUCAAUGAAUUGAUCAUUCUGGCUCCUAUGUUUUAGAGGGGUUUGCGAUGUUACUGUGCAUGGGUUUCAAUGGGUUGCUUCACUGGUUGCAAAGGUGACUCAGCAGUGGUGUUACGAACUGGGGGUUGGAAUACAGGAGGCAAUAGACACAAAUGUACAGAGUAUAGCCUUCCCAACUGUUGCUUUUGGAAGCUUGUUCCAGUCCCCUAUUUCUUCGGCAGGAAUGAGGAGCUCCUGUACUUUGUUCUUGUUGUUCUCACGGAUCAUCAUUUGAUUAUAAUAGCAUUUCAUGGCACUGACUUUCUUAUUCGAUUCCUCGUCUGUCUGUGGAAUUAUCAAUUUGACGUUGAAAUACUUCCCAUACACUCCUUGCAAAAAUAAAAUAGCAUAUUGCAAUCAAUCGUAUGGGCGAUGAGUUUCUGAGACUCGCUGAACAUCACCACUUCUGCGAUGAAGAAUUGUAUCACGUGAGUUAUAUUCUUCGCCCACUAUAACGAUCGCAAGUGCAUCAAUUGUCAGUGCAUUGUAUUGUCUUUCGUUUUGGCCAACAGGUGUUUUUCUGUUCUAACUAUUAUUUUGUAGUCAUCAGUCAGCAUCGUAUAAAGUGCUUUUCUGAACACUUGAAUUAAUUCGUUGUGUUGCAAAAGUAACGCGUGCAAUGCAGCGACAAUUCUCGUUUAGUGCCAUUAUUGAUAUGACAUCGUUGAUCGAUUAGUUCACCAGUAUUCCACCAGUAUUCAAAUAAAUUUGAAGAAAUUUGUGAUCUGUGCUUGGAGGUGGCAUCAGAGAUCCUGCACGAUGAUAAAUUAGUCCUUGAACUUUAAAUGUUGGCAUGUAAUUAUCGCGCACGAUAUUUGUUGCACCGAACGAUGUCAUUUGGAAACAUGAACUGUAUUUGCAUAUGUUUGGUAAGAAAUUUCGAUUAGCUUGUGUCACCCUAUACCAGCGUUGAUAAUGGUUCGGAUGAUGCAUAUCAUUCUGGAAAUUUCACUUUCACACCCAUGCAGCAAAGUCUUAAAUUUGAGGGCACUGCAAUACACCCAUAAUUGAUCCAUUUUUCCAAUAACCACACUUGUAAGAAGAAUGUAAUCAUAAUUAACAUCGUAUGGUAUGUGUUAAGAUUUAAAUGCGUAUUCUAUCGGAAUCCAGUCUUGUUUCCGGUUGCUCGAAUGUUUCAGAUGAACGGGUUUAAGCAAUGCGUAUUCGAGUGGUGUCUAGUCUUGCUUCUCGCUGCUCGAAUGUUUCAGAUAAACGGGCUUGAUCAUUGCGAACUCCAGUGUUUCCAGUCUUACUUCAUGUUUCUCGAAUGUUUUGAAGCUCGUGAUGUCUUUUUCUUUCGUGCUUGAGGUGUAGAAAAACCAAUAGCUAUUCGUCUGGGUGGCAUAAUUGAUUUGAAAGCGAAAAUAUUGCUUUGUGACGAAAAUUACAAAUGCAUGUUGUAUCUGUUAUUAGCAAUGGUAUUUCACAAUUAACACAACUUCUUAGGUCACACACAAAAUGAAAUACCACUGUUUGUAUUUUAUUCAAUUAAUUUACGAUAUUCGCAUUGUUAAUCAACUUCACACGUUAGGAUCUCACAUCUUUUGAAAUGAAAACCUCGCAAAAUAGAAACGUUCAUUGUUGGCAGUAGAGUUCCAGUUGUAUAGCUUCACAUUAAUUUAUAAAUCAUAUAUUCCAGCGUUAAAAUCUUACUGACAAAAGUUAAUCAGGUUUCAUUUGGAAACUCCACCCAGAACGGUCACAACAGUGGGCCUUAAUUUUGAUUUGUUUUUUUCUUUUAUCAUAUUUAUUUAAAAAAUUAACAACAAAUACUGCUACAUAAAUAUCUGGAUAUUUAAAACAAACUUAAAUUAAAUACAUUUGAUUAUCCAUAUUCUAAUACUGAAGGGUACUUAACACAUUAUAAUAACCAACUCUCUGGGGCGAGGCCCCUUUUCAUUUUCCUUAUAUAAGCUAGAUAAAUAGCAAUAAGCUUAGUACUCCUAUAGGAAUAGAUGGAUCCUGACCAAACUUAGUACACAUAAUCUUAAUAAUCCAAAUUCAAAUACAGAAGGGUACAUAACUCAUUAUAUUCUUACCUCUGGGGCCAUGGGCCCCUUUUAUUUUUUUUAUUUUGUUACCUAUAUUCUCCAACUUCCCCCAACUUCCCAUGUAGAUAGAAGCCUGUAAUUUGGCAGACAUAUUCCUUACGGCUUACUUACAAACUUAAACAGGUUUAAUUUCGAAACUCUACUGGAACAGUCACAAUCGGGGAACCCGAAGUUUGAUUUGUUUUUUUCUUAUAAGAUAUAUAUCAAUAAAACUUACUCCAAAUACUGCUACAUGAAUAUCUGGAUCUUUACCAAACUUAAUUUACAUAUAUUUGAUUAUCCAGAUUUAAAUAAAGAAAGGUUUUUAACAAAUAAUAUCCAUUCCUCUGGGGCCGAGGGCCCCAUUUCCUUUUUUCCUAAUAUAAGCAAUAUAAAUAGCAAUAGGCUCAUUACUUCUACAUGAAUAGAUAAAUCUUGACCAAACUUAAUACACAUAAUCUUGAUUAUCCAUCCUCAAAUAACGAAGGGUACUGAAAUGAAAAUAUCCAUACCUCUGCGGCCAGGGAGCUGUAUUUCAUUUUUCGAAUAUAAGUUAUAUAAAUAUCAAUAGGGUUGACAACACCAUAGGUUCUAUGAGAUUAGGUUGAUUUAAGCCUAGCUUUGUAGCAAUACCAUUCUUAGUCCGUUUUAACAUAUCGUUUGAUAUAGUUACCAAACAAUUCAAGGCUGAUCUAGACUUUUCUAGAAACUUCGAUAAUUUAAAAAAGUUAUGUCUAUAACAUCCGAAACCACUUUUAAUUGGACAAGUUUUACAUUUAUAAUUUAUAUCAACGAUUUUCUAGGUCCCCGCCCCCCAUCUCAGACAUAUAUAAAACGGUACAUUAUUAAAUAGGCCCCCAACGAACCCCCCCCCCCCAUACCAAUUUAAAUGUAUUAUAGCUAGUAGCACAAUUUUGUUGUAAAAUAUUUCGCAUUCGAGAAAUAAUUACGUAGAAAUUUAAUUUGUACACGUUUCAUGAAGGAUAUUAAAUUUAAUCAAUAAUGUUCUAUAUUAUUCUACGGGGAUAUGUAAUUAGAUCUAAAAGCUUAUUCAAACAAAAUCGCACUGAGCAUGAUCCCAUAGAGAAACAGGAUCCUAAUGGGACACAUUGGUUACGCGUUUCCAUAGGGGAACAGGAUACCAUCGAGAAUCCAUCGGGUAACGGGCUCAAAUCCGGAUCAGGAAAAGUUAUAACAUCGUAAAAGAGAGUCCCUAGGUGGAACGGGAUCCCUCAGUGAACGAUAUCCUAACGGGAUCGGUAGCGCAUCAGAUCCACUGAGAUCGGUAUCUUACUGGGAUAAAGACAGGACAGACUCUACAAAAAGUUGGCAUUGCUUUGAGGCCGGGGGGGGGGGGGGGGGGGGGGUUUGGCAGGGGGGGGGGGGGGGGGGGGGGGGGUGGGGGUUUCGCAAGGGAAUGCAUUGUAUAAACUCCAGAAUAUGCGGAUACUUGAUAAUUUCGUACUUUUUGUUUCCUUAAAAAUGCUCUCUGCUGCGAAGCGCCGGUAUUUUGCUAGUUAUAGUUAUAAUUCUCAUGAAUUUAGGGCCCCUGGCAACAAAGGGACUAUUGUAGAAUUGUUGUAUUACUUCAGAAACCUACUUAAUAUGUCACACACACAAUUUAAUGUCCCUAUUUGUGUUUGAUAGCUUAUAUUAGAACAAAAAACGAACAUGAGGCCCCUGGCUCAAAAAGGAUUAUUCUAAAUCGGUUGUAAAUUUUCAAAAACCUAAAAGGGUAUGCUUGCAACAUCUCACCAAAGUUUUAUCGGAUUCAAAAAAUUGGCUUAGCAGCGCAUACGGAAAUUCCUUUUCACCAAUCUCGUAUAUGACAAAAAUAUGAAUUUGGGGUCAACAGCCCAAAACGGAAGAUUUGAAAACUGUUAUAAUAACUGUAUAACAUUUGGGGCUAUUUAACAACAUUUCACCAAAGUUUUGUUGAAAUUGCAUGAAUGGUGUAGAAACCUCAUAUGUUUUGAAAAUAUAUUUGUAUAUCUUAUAUCAGAAAACAAAACAUUGGGCCACUGGCUUAAAACAAAAAAAAAAUUGUAACGGUUGUAAUAAUUUAAAAACCUGUGCAGCCGUUCUGGCAAUAUCUCACCAAAGUUUUAUCGCAAUCGGAUAAAUGGUGUAUGAGCGAAUACGGAAAUUGUUUUUUUAAAAAGCUCAUAUUUCAAAAAAAAAAAGUGAAUUAAGUGCCAACGGCCGAAAAUGAAACAUUUUAUUAGGGUUUUAAUGACUCAGUUAAAUGCCUAGUUAUGUGAACAACAACUCAUAAAGUUUUAUCGAAAUCGGAUAAAUGGUGUAUGAGCGAAUACGGAAAUUGUUUUUUUAAAAAGCUCAUAUUUCAAAAAAAAAAAAAAGUGAAUUAAGUGCCAACGGCCGAAAAUGAAACAUUUUAUUAGGGUUUUAAUGACUCAGUUAAAUGCCUAGUUAUGUGGACAACAACUCAGCAACGUUUGGUCGCAAUCGCAUGACUGGUGUAGUAGCGCAUACGAGAUAUCCAAACAUACAUUCAUUAAUAUAUAUAUUUAAGAUUGCUAGCGUCAUAAACGAUACGGUUAAUAUGAAGUUUAUUGAAAUGAAUUUUUUUCGUUUAUUUCUAUUUAAAUUCAACUUACACGUUUGAAAAGAAAGUUAAAAGAAACACAUCCUUGCUGAUACCCCAAGACCCAAAAUCGGUGUAAAAAAUGAUGCUUACCAAAAUUUCUGUAUCUUGAUUAAUUGAAAUCAAAAUACCCGUAUGUUGAGACUUAGGUGACAAAAGUAAGACUACUGCUUAAAUUGCACUUGGAAUGAUCUUAUAGAAGCUGUGGGGGGGGGGUAUCCGAGUAUCCCAAAUAUACAAUUUAAUAAAAACAUAACAUAAGAAAACUUGCAUUAUGUAAACACAAACGUCGAAAUCUUUUUAGAAUGGCACUGUAGACGUUGCUGUAGCCGCAAAUGGACCUACGGGAACCUCCGUGACCUAUAUACCGUGGAACACCUUGUCGGCCUUACCUUUAAUUCAAAGCAAGCCCAAAAAUACUCUCUGAGAGAAACCUAAGAUUCUUAAUCAUGUUUACUCAAAACCACACUUUGGACAUAUUUUUCUUAUAAGUGCAAUACAAUUUUUUAAAACUUUUAAUUCGAUUUCAAAACGGGUUUUUACAAAUACAAUCAAUGUCCAAACUUACACAAAAAAAAAAAAAAAUAGACUAGUGGGAGAUUCGGCGGAAAUUGUCACGAAGGGUCAAAUUAUAGAUAUGAGAAUUAGGGGAAAAUGCACGGAUAGUUAAAGAUGGAGGCCAUGUGUGUGACAAAAAAUUAUCUCUAGCGCUCUAAAAUUUAAAUAUAAAUAUGCUCCGAUUGUAACCAAGCGAAAUUACUUGUUUUAAUCGAAAUUGAAUUUCCAAAUUCAUCAGCUGCUGUAUGUGUUGGGGCAUGCAGCUAAGUGUCAGUAUCUAUUCGACUAUUUAUUUUGCACUAAACACAACAACAAAGCACUGAGUGAACACUGACAAACAUUCCCUACGUAAAAGGUUAAAACGCCGAAUUGAUUGGAAUGAUCUCUUCUAUUUACCAACAUAGGAUAACAUUAAACCUUGCAGUAACUUGUUGAUGGCUCCAAUAUAACCCCUAUUCCUCCUAUGUGACCUAUAAACACUAUCAUGCCUCCCCAACGUCCUCCCCAUGGAGUACCCAGAGGACUACUACUCCUCCCAAUGGAGUACCCAGAGGACUACUACUCCUACCCAUGAUAUACCUGUUCAUAAAGACACAAUUAUUUCGCAAAUACCUUCUGGGAUGAUUGUCUACCUUAUUUUCCAGUUAAUGCAUAAUGGCUGUGUUGCUCCGGGUUGAAAUGGCUAGAAAGACUUUGAGAUUGUAUGCUUGUAAUUAGUUUUUGUAGUGUUGCGUUUGUUUUAAAUGUGGUAAAUUAUAGAUAUGUUUUUUGUUGACUUUGUACCGCGCUUCGAGCCUUUGGGGAUGAAGCGUGUUUUUGAAAUGAACUUUAUUAUUAUUAUUAUAAACAGUCUCCUACCUCCUUCAACACAAACCUGGUCACCAACUGCACCAGUAAAGGACAAAACCACCCUUCUGACGCAAUGGACACUAAACCCUGUUCUAUUGACAUAUGGAUAAAACUCUACAAAAACAACUCUACAUAAUAUUAGAUAGACCCACCUACAACCCUUCUAUUACAUUCUUAAAUGUCAUCAUGAGUGGAAAUGUGAUCAUAAACCCCGGUCCAAGACAUACAGCUUCCACACACCAUUUUGGGCUUUGCCAAGAGCCAACCAAUAGCAUCAGCAAAGGCUUAGCGUGCGACACAUAUGGAAUAUGGUUCCCCAUGCUAUGUGCCAACAAUUGAUCCACGGACUACGGCGAAAGAAGUCAACCCUCUUUUGCAUGGUCUUUUCCACGCUGCAACAGCAUCAACAACGACAGCUUCACAUUCACAGCUAUCAAUUGAACUGUUCAAACUCCUUUCUCUCCCCUUUUAUCACCCAAUCAAAACGCUAAAUCUAAAGUAAAGCCUUUCCCAUUCUCACCGCUUAGAACUAGUGCCCCAAAAUUAAACCACCCCAGCCAACCACUCUACUCCACCCAAAGGCAUUCCACAUGCUCCCAAGAACAUAAAGGACACCCUCCAAUCUCCCCCUCUAUACCUGACCAACCCAAAAAUACAAACCUCCCGCCUACUAAAUAUCAACUGCCAAAGCAUAGAAUCAAAAAAGACAAGAGCUCGCAGCCAUCAUACAUUACACCAAGCAUAAAAUACUAUGUGGAACAGAGUCAUGGCUCAGAGGGGUUAAACCUAGGAAAGAACCAACCAUGUACCAAAUAAAAACCUCAGAAGUCGUCCCGAAUGAUUACAAUGUGUAUCGUCAUGACCACGCAACAAAAGAUGGCGGCGUGUUCAUCGUGAUUAACAGAUCCCUUACAUCAGUGGAAGAACCGCACUUGGUCACAGCUUUUGAAAUAGUAUGAGCAAAGGUAAAAUUUAAAAAAAAAAAGAGAAAGACUUUUACAUCGGUGCCUUCUAUAUGUCCAAAAGAACACAGUGCGACCAUUCGGAACUCCAAAAAGUCCAUCAACAGUCGUACAGCCAAAGGCAAGCACCCUCGGGACAUCAUCAUUGCCGGCGACUUCAAUUGCCCCGGUAUAAACUGGAACACGCAUGCUGCCUACUUCACCGGCAAAGACAUCAGUAUUCACUUGUCGACUUGACCUCAUCCUCACUCAAAUACGACAAGGACAUGUCAAAACAGCAUCCUAUACCGUAUCUUCACGUCCAGCCCCCUCCCCCCUCCCCACUUUAAACAAUCACUUGUGUCGCAGGCAUAUCUGACCAUGACGCAGUAGUGGCUGACUUCUACUCCAAAGCUGAAAUACCGCGCCAGAAACUCAGGAAAUCUGACAAGUUCGGUAAGGCAAACUGGAACAAGAUCAAACUUGAUCUCACGCCGUUGAACAGGUCAUCAUAAAAAAAUAGAUGUAGAUACAGUAUGGUCGACAUUCAAAAUACCUUACCCAACAGCACAGAUAAAAAUGUCCAAUCAGCGACAGCAAAGAACACAUAUAAUCUACCAUGACUGAACACACAGCUCAAGAAACUUCUGAAGAGAAAGAACAGAAAAUUGAAAAAAGCCCAAACUACCAAAAACUGGACCCUGUACCGUCAGUUCCAGAAACAUUUCCGUAGGGAACUAAGAAGAAGAGAGUUGCAGCAAGACAACAUCGGCGUAGUCCCUUGCUAGAAAACGGGCAACUUGUAAGCGAUGGCCAAUGCAAAGGAGAAAUUAUCCUAAGUUAGUUUCAAUCCGUCUUCACCAAGAUCUCCACCACAGUCAUGCCAUCCCUAAACCCUUCAACUGGUACAACAGGCCCCAUCAACAUAACUGAAACAGGAGUAGUCAAACAUCUCAAAAUCUGAAGCCCAAUAAAGCGCUGGAACUGACUGCAUCCCGAACAUUGUCCUGAAGACCCUGGAUGACAACAUUGUCCCAACCAUUACACAUAUUUUCCAAAAGUCCCUUGACUCCGACAAAAUCCCGCUAGUCUAGCUGAAUGCAAACAUCACUAGUGCCUACAAGAAAGUUUACCGUCAUAACCCAGCAAACUACCGCCCAAUAUCACUGACCUCCGUUCAAUGCAAAAUCCUGGGACACAUCAUCUAUCGCCACAUCAUGAACCACCUUAAACACUACAACAUUUUGACCAACCUAAACCAUGGUUCUGUUCUGGUUUCUCUAAAUAAACUAAAUUAGUCAUCACCACCAAUGACCUUCUUGCCUCAGAUUACGAAGGUAACCAGGUCGACAUGGCAAUGCCCGACUUCUCCAAUGCCUUCGAUACUGUUCCACAAAGCCUUUUUAAAUAAGAUCCACCACUACGGCAUUACCGGCAACCUUCACUCCUUGCUCUCAACAUUCCUAACACAACGUACCAUGCAAGUAGUGGUAGACGGCGUCUAAUUAGGGGAAGCCACCGUAGACUCAGGUGUUCCUCAAGGCACAAUGCUGGGCCACCUUCUCUUCCUCUGUCACAUGAACGACCUCCCCGAUACUGUAAAAUCUCAAGUGAGGCUGUUUGCUGAUGACUGUCUUGUCUACAGAGAGAUGAACGGCUACUAUGACCACAAUAACCUCCGAGCAGUUUUGAAGUGACUCAUGAAUUGGACGGAAAAAUGGGUUUAUGAAAUUUAACUUUAAAAAAAUGUUACAAUGAACAUCUAAAGAAAAAUAACAUCAUCUGGGACCCUCAUCUUAAACAAGACGUGGACAAGAUAGAGCGAAUUCAACGUAAUGCAUUGCGUUUCAUAGCACGAGACUACAAAUCCAACACUUCUUGCUUCGUUAAUGGCCUCUUAAAAAGAUUUGACAUCCCCUCCCUUAAAGACAGACGAGAGGAACUUAGUCUGAUACUCUUAGAUAAAGUGGUCAUGUGACUUAUGCCGGCCAUCCCAGCAGGAACGUACCUCACCCCACAGUAGCUGGGUCGAUCGAUCAGAACCAAAGACUCACUGAAGACUGAUUUCGCCAUUGAAAACACCAUAAACAACUACACAAAAAACAAUGGCAAAUGCUUCACUGUGCCUCGGAGUAACACGGCUCAGUAUAAACAAUCUUUCUUCCCACACCAUUAUAGCUUGGAACUACCUGGACAAUCCGUUGUGAACUCGACAUCAGUCGAAAGCUUCAAGGCUGCCCUGGCAAUUGCUAGGAGCUGUUAGAAUAGCAACAGUGCUUUCCCAACCGUUGCACAGAUGUCAUUAUAUUGAUGCAGCAACGAACACUACCAGAACCAGAACCAGAGCCGCAUUAAAACCAAACAUUACUGUCAGGUUUCGGGCGGAAAAAUAUCUCUUGUGAGCCUCACAUGUCCUGCGGGCUGCAAGUUUAAGCCCCUAUUGUAGAGAGGGCCUAUCCAAAAAUAUAUUUUUCCAAUAAUAGCAUGUUCCUUCGCAUGAAUAAUUCAUAAAUAUUUCCGCAUUCUGCCUUUUGUUUGAACACGUUUUAGUUUUAAAUUCGCUAGUGGGAUAUAUCGCCAUAUUAUAAAAAAAAAUUUUUGACUUUGUUUGCAAGAAGCUCUUUAUUUUCAUAUCAUUUAUAUGCUGAAUAUUAUUAUUUAGGAUAUAAUGCUGUCAACAAUGAUACGCAAUGUGACGGCUGGGACUACGGAUGGCAUUUAGGGGUUAUGCAAUGCUUAAUAUUUGAGUUUUAAUGUCUUGUUGGACAAAUUAUUUGACGAUGGUUUAGCCAAAAUUAAUGUACAUUUAUUGGAUGAAACUAUAACUGAAGAAAAAUGAUUUUCUACGUCAAUAUCAGGCACACGAUCAUUGAUAAAACCCGUCUUUUUUAACACUAGCGAAAAACUAACUUUGGUGACAUACGGCUGAAACAAUGUUAUCUAAAUAAUUAUUUUAAACUAGUUAUUGCUCGCCAAAAUUUUGCGAAAGAAUAAUUUGUGAACUUACUGGAAAAAACAUGAGCUCAACCAACACACAUUUAAGAAUCCCAAUUUUUGCUACACCCCUUCCCCAUGAUACGUCACUGCACACUUUUAUUUCACGUCCAUGAACUACUUGUCUUAUGUUCUGAAAGGUUGGCAGCAAGAUCAUGUUGUGGUUGCUCUGCAAUUACAUUCUCUGUGCUGCUAGUAGAAGGAGAAUCAUAUGUUUCAUUUUCUAUAACCUCAUCAUCCAGGCUCAACAUCAAAGCGACGCUUCCGUCUCCGCGUUACCUCAUCCACUUUGCAAACCGCAUCUCUUGUAGGUGAGAUAGGAAGGAAUCAGCUUCUGCUGUGUUGAUUGAGUCCUCAUAUUCAUCAUUGUGUGGAAUACGCUUCAGGACAGGUUCAGGGUCUGUGGUGUAAAUUCCAGAUUUUCUAAACCCAGCCCUAAUUUUGUCAGCAGCAUUGACACUUAUAGCAUCCGAUUGCUUUUUCAGCAGGCCUGGAAAGUUGUCUUUUUGUAUGAUCAGUGCUUUAAAAAAAAAAAGGAAAACCCCAUACAGAUGUGGCGACCAGAUGUUCAGCUAUCUCCUUUUCUUUUUAUUCUGUUAGAGCAGUUGGCCGUUCAGGUUUCUACAUGUGCCUCUUCUAAAGUUAUUUUGAAGAGUGCUUCUCGUGAUCAGUAACUCAGCACACACAAUCCUCUGAUAUAUAUAUCAUCAGUUAUAAUUUGAGAAUUAAAUCUCAGAAAACUGCAGCCUCAUUUAUCAUGCUGGUUUGUAAAUCUUCCUAAGAGCGAAGUCUCGUGACUACUGCUUUGCUGAGCAUAGGGGCAUUUGGACGUGCCUUAUAUGCAGCAAGAAAAUUGCGGUGCAAAAUGAGCACAACAUGAGAUGUCAAUAUUUAACCCGACAUGCUGAGGAGUGUGCAAAAUACCAGGGAGAUAGGCCUGGGCUGCUAAACUUAAAACAUGUCAACCAAGACGGCAAGAUUUUUUCACGAAAACAAACAAGGAAAGUGACGCAGAAAUUGAAGCUAGUUACGUGUUGAGUGAGAUGAUAGCUAAAACAGGAAUUUCAUUCAAAGAAAACUUUUAUACGUUACAAGUUUAGUCUAUCCGGUAAAAAAAGGUCAGUUUAGCAACAUCAGCUUUUCAACUAACAAAGUGGCACAUCUAUUAGGUGACAUUUUUUAUCCACUAUGUGAGAAAAGUAACACUUCCAUGCAUACUCGUUACUGACAAAGCACAGCUCGCAAUACAUGUCCUUGGUGUUAACGAUACUUUUUAGUGAUUGAGGAGUUGCUGAAAGUGAUUCCAAUGCAUGGCAAAACAACUGCUCAGGAGAUAUUUCGCCAGCAGUGAGAUGCCAUUGUGGAUGACGGUUGACGUGGAUAAAAUAUUGCUAGAAUAAUAACUCACUGAGCGCCAUAAAUGAAACGGAAUGGUAUAUGGCAUCGUGGAGCAUGUUGAAAGAAAACUGAAAGAGGAGAGUAUUAAAGAGUUGGUUGCUCUACACUGCAUUUGCCAUCAGAAAGCCAUUUGCAACAAAUGCCUGAAGUUUGUCAAUGUGUUAUAUUUGACAUUGUGAAAUUCAUCAACCAUAUCAGAUCAAUGGGAUUGAAGCCACAGCAGUUCAGGGCCUUUUUAGACGAAUAAUAGUCAACAUAUGAGGAGGUUACCUACUUCACCAGGGUACGUUGGUUUAGUUAGGAACAAAUCUUUAAAAAAAAUUUUAGUGUUUAGAGCAGAAAUCAAAGUUUCUUGGAGAUGAACAGGGUAGUUGUUCCUGUACUAAGUUAUCCGAAAAGGCUCAUGGACUUUCCUUUUCUUGUUGACAUUACACAGGAGGUGACUGUACUUGACAAGAAGUUACAAGGACAGGAGCAGCUUGUAAGUGUUUGCUAUGACAAUGACAGGACAUUCUGCACAAAACUUCUCUUAUGGAAAGCCCACCUUUAUAGAGAAACCUCUGAUGUUUCUAAACAUGCAAAGUACUUAUUGACUCGAGAGUAAACAUAAAUCUGAGCUCAUCAACAGAGUUAUUAAAGAUCUCCACUGGCUUCCUGGCAGUGAGCGCAUUGACACACAUUUCUGUCCGUGGUGUACAGCUGUAUAGAAGGCUCUGCACCUGAAUAUCUUCAAGAACUUAUUUCUGAACAUGUAUCCUUACAGUAUCUGCGCUCUUCGACACAAUUCCUACUGAGGGUUCCCAGUGCGGAUGGACACGGUAAGAAUUCAUACGGAGUGAGCACUUUUGAAUCUAUUGCGCCUAAAUCGUGGAAUAGUUUGCCUCAAUCUUUGAGAGAAACUGAAAAUAAUAGAAAGUAAAUCAAUUAAAAUGUAAAGAAUUUGUUUCAUUAAAUUGAGUUAGGACAUCAGAGCGCUGUUAGCAUGCUAAAAUAGCAGGGACACACACGCUAUAAAAGUUUUCAAUCAUCAUUAUCACCAUCAGUAGUAAGUAAACUAAUGCCAUUGCACACUGACAGGAAGAAUUAGAUCUCAGGUUUGGAGACUUCAAAACAAACCAGCUCAAAGGCUCACCUAUGCUUUGAUGGAUGGAUGAUGUGGACAAAUUUCUUCAGCAGCUGGAAAUCCCAGCUUGGAAAACAAAUUCAGUUGGUAAAGUAGACCUAAUCACUAUGUGGACUGUAACGCCAUAGAGAUUGAUGAAUGAAUAUGAUUUCAAAGCAAUUUCACAGUGUAAUGUAUUAUACCAAAAUGAAUUGAGCAAUUUAUUAGUAACUUAAAUCGUUACGUGGGGUCUCCUGUAUUGCUAGCUUUAUGACUUGAGGAAAUUAAUUUAAUACAACAUUGACGAAAACUACAGGUAAUCGAAGAAGACAAAUGUAUUUUCUGCUGAACACAAUAACUAAUGAUUUAGUCCUAGUCCAGUGCAAACUAAUAGACCAAUCAAGCAGCAUGUAAGAAUGGAGGAGGGCAUUUUUUAAAUCUUUGAAAAGAUUAAGUAUCAAAAACUUUUCUUAGUAAUUUGUAUGAUUCUUUACAAAAUAAAGUUGAUUAUUUUGCCUUUUGGGGUUUAGUAGUCUAGUAUGAUCAUUUAAGGUCUAAUUUUUUAGGGGCACCUCCAAGGUGUCUCCAAGAAGGAGGAUGGAGGAGGUGAUUAAGAGCUGAUAAUCGACUAAUUAUUGUUAAAAUUGAUUUUAAUUAAAUAAUUUUCUUUCCUUGACAUGUCUAAAUACUUUGAUAAAUAAUUGUCUUGAAGUAUGAUGGUGUUCAAUAAGUUAAUUAUUUUUUUUGCUAUAAAUUGUGUGAGGAUUUUGAACAUUAAAUUAAGGAGGGAGAUUCUUCAGUAUUUUUAGCAGCUCAACUUAAUUUCUUUUUGUAGAAAUUGGAUUAUGAGUGCAGUGUCCCAUUCUAUUCGCAUUUCUUCCUGUUGCCAGAUUCUGGAUAUGAGGUCUUGUGUUUGCCUAUGCAGUUCGUUGCUACCUUGUUUUAUCAGUUCUACAGAGAUAAGGUCUAUUCCUUGUGCUCUGUUAUUUUCAUGGUGAAGAUCACAUAUUUUCUUUCAUUUAAUUUUGGUUGGUUGUCUAGUGGGUUAGGAUUACCUCCUUGAGGUAGAGUGUAAUCAUCCUUACACCUUCCACCUGAGCCAUUCAGUAAGCGUUCAAAGUUUUGUGCCCAUCUCUCUAGUACUCUACCGCGCCCUGUCAUAAAUUCUCCACCCGUACUUUUACACUUUUGGGAUCUUGCUUAAAACCAUUUUUUCCUGUUUUAUCUUCAGGCUAGUUUGUUCCCUUUUUUGAUAAUUAUAGUUGAGUUUCAAUCUUGUGUUGAUACUAAUCAGUAUGUGUGCUAAUUUUAAUACAUUUCUUGAAUCAGAAUAAUUUAAUUGGAAUUUUUGUUUUAUAAAAUUUAUUCAAGUGUUAUAAUUUAAUUUUAAUGUAUAAAUAAUGGCUUUGUUGGGUGUAUGAACUUUGAUAUAUUGAUUGGUUCUUAAGAUAGUUCUUAAAGCAAAUUAACCCCGCACAUGUUACGUAUAUCCUAGAAUGUUUCGAAGACGCUACAGUGCCUCUUUAUGGUUAUUUGUUACUCAAUCUUCGACAGGAAACACUGGAUAAUCAAAAUUACCCAGUUCUAUUUUUAUUAAGAGCAUACGUUGUGAACGAUCCCAAAUAAAUCCAAAAUAUUCAGAACGUGUAAAAGACAAUAAGAAAUGUUAUGCUUCUUGUGUCGGACUAAUCCAUCUGUCGUGAAGGCUGUUGAGAAAAACGCUUUCCUCUAACUCAGAAAAAAAAUUAUGUGAAUGUUGCCUACAUGGUUGUUUCUAAAGUUAACGCCCCACUUUCACCUGAUCAGAAGAAACAUUUGCGUCGUCACAAAUACAGUCUAAGAGAGCGUAUUAAAAAAUAAACUGUCAGGCAGAAUGCGGUAGGAGCUCAUCCAACAAGGGGUUUUAUAGGAGAAUUACUGGAUCCUGUUGUAAACGUGCUUAGAUGCGUCAGGGGUUUUUAACGAAAAACCGAAAAAUUAUUUUGAUAGAUCUCUGUUUAUUAGAGUUUGUGAACCCAAAGCCGUAUAUUCCACUCAACGCAUUUAACUAUUGCUUACGAGAGAUCAAUAUGCAAGUGUUACAGUUCCUAAACGGAGAAGAUUGGCCACCACGGGACAAAGUGAGGCAGUAGCAACAAAAACUGCAGCUCUAUACAAAUCCUCUCCCAGAGUACCAAAACAACUUUAGUGUUAGUUGAAAUGAAACCAAAAACACCACCACAACCAUCGUGAAAUAUACCAAAGUCUACCGUCCAACAAAAACACUUAAAACUUGACUUUAAAAAUGAAGACGCGGACGAUAUACUUAAGUCGUCUAUUACGAAAAAGACAAACGAUGGACGGCGAUUACGACACCAAAACCAUCUUAACGUAACAGAAGUAAGGAGAGUAAAAUGCAAACCUUCAUCAAGUGCAACGAAUAGAAUUGACUCAAACAUUAAGAGAGCAUUAUUAUGAUCCAAGUCGACAUUGGGCGUAGGAAAAUUUGGAACUAAAGAAAUCAAUGAAUUAUUAUGUCAACAAGUUAUGUUAUAAUGCCUCAUUCAACAGUGUGUCACAUUUCAUGAUGUAAAGACUACCGGUAUGGAAGGCACAGACACAGAAUACACCAUUACACUAUUUGAGGAGGUGGAAAGGAUCAGACAAACAGGUUGUUUAGAUAUGAUACCAACCUCAUCCACAUCCUCAUCAUCAUCAUCAUCCGUCACCUCCAAUAUCUCACUCUUGUUCGUUAAACUAAUGUCACGACCAGAAAGCGUUUUCUAUUCUCAAAUGUUGGAUGUAUAAUUCGUCAUUUUUUUCUCACUAUUUAAUCUGACUGGAAGAAUCGACGACGCAGAUGAAUAAAAUAGACGGCUCGCAUUAUUGUCCAGCUGUCUAGGUUACAUUUUUACCUAACCGCAAAAUCGCACUACGAUCGACCUCCAAGAUACAGAACCCACAAUAACUUCACAAUACAGAGAAAUGCUUCAUCAAAUUUAUUUCCAAAUAUCCAGGCUAGUCACCUUUUUCUUUGUCGAACUACCACCGACCAUUGAGGUGAGUGCGCAUAUUGAGUUUGGAAAGGUUGAGAUUUAAACCCCAUACAGUUAUUGAAACAUUCUAGAAGAUGAACUGUGUAUCAAUUGGAUCAAUGAGCGGCCUUUCAUACAUACGGUACCCACUGGUAUUUCCACUUCAAUAGAUCUCAUUAUCAUCAUCUUGAGGCAGGAACAUUCAAAAACGGAGAUCGGUAAAAGAAAAAUGGGAAUAAUGAUUAUCUUUAUAACAAAACAUUGAGGAUAGCCGUCUUGAAGCUAAACGAAUAAGGACCCGAAAUUAGAAUUAGUGAUAAGCAGCAAAGGGUUGAAGGGUUUCUUUAAUCUUAGGGAAAAGGACAGCAGCUCAGUAUUAACCUGAGAGUUUUGAGAGACAAAAAUGUAUACCUAAAUAAUGUAUUCGUCUAUUGCAUCUAGUGAUUAGACUGGUUGCAUCCAACUUCUUUUAAGUAUACACUUUGCCAAAGAGACUUGACUUGAUCCUUUUGGUGAAAUUUGUAGAAGACAUGAAAGUUGACUUCAUACAUGAGGAAUGGAAUGAGUGUAUUGAAGUUUAACGGCUCAAAAUUUUUCCAAAAUACAAUUUCAGAAACAACAACUAAUAUUUUCAUUUAAAGAGUUAACAUUAAAACUUUAUGUCGAUAUAUAUUUCUUAAAUGACUAUCUGUUCGAAUGUAUUUGUAUUCGUUGUGGUUACGCAAUUUCUUACCAAAAUUAUUCUGUACUUUAAUUUUUCAGAAAGGUGAAAAGUUAUUGCACUAAGUUAACGAAAAGAUUCUGUAUUUAUUGAUAAAGAGAACUUGAGAAUGUCUCUAUAUAAAAAUCAUCCCUCCAUGAUAAACCUUAGGAACUUUUAAAAUCAAUAUAUAUUUUUGAAAUUUUUGAGUGAUCUCGGCUCUCGCGCUGACUCUGUAAUAAUGUUCCCCAUAAGACGUGUUGAUGAAUUUUCAGCAAAUCCACUUGGGGAUGUUUGUUAUCAGAUUAUUAUCUUUUUUAAAUUACCUAACAGCCCUGAGAUGACCACAAGAUAUAAUACCGGUAUUAAGUGGGUUGUGUAAUAGCUUAAAGUAGCCGAAUAGAAUCUUCUCCUGCAAAGAAAUGUUCUCUAAAGAUAUUAAGAGCAAUUAAAUUUAGAUACCAUUCCAUCAAUGAAAUUGUAAAUUUAUUGCUAGCAAUGAUAUCUAUUGGAUAGACUUGAAGGGACAUGCCAGUGAAAUUUACUUAAUUAAUUAUUUACAGUAGUGGAUAACAUUACAGUAAUUGUGACAUUGAUUAUACAAAAAUAGUAAACAUUGUCAUUUUUAUAAACUUUAAUGAUUAAAGUACAGAAUACAUUAAAUACGGUAUUAUUUAUUUGAAUACAUUUUCUUCCGGAUAUCUGCUAUACUGAAUAAAGGUUUUGAAUUGUGUUGUUUUUAAUUUCCGAUGUUACAAUUUCAAUUGGUCCGUGGAGGGUCUUAAUAGUCUCAUGGCUGUCUUUUUAUAACUAAGAACAUGUGUUUUAUUUCUUUUGUUUUAGUUUCUUUGACGUAAGUUGAACUCUUUUGAAAUGUGUCCCGAAUUCCGACAAGCUUAAUACUAAAAAUAUAUUUACCAAUUAAAUAUUUAAGUCAACUGUUAGAUAUAUCUGGUAUAAAAAAGAAAGCAACGGUGAAACAUGUAUCCACUUUCAGAUUUUAUAUUGUACACUAGAGAGAUUAAAUAAAAAUACUUAAUGAUUAAAAAUCUGCUUCAAUUAAAAAAUUGUUAUUAAUAUUUAGUAUGAUGAUUAAAUAUAUCACGUUGGCUUGUUUAAUUAAGUUAUGUUCUUUUUGUGUGAGACCGUUACAAUUUUCCUACGCAGGGAAUCAGUAUGGCUGAUGAUUUAAUAAGUUAUAUUUUGCGGUCCUAGUAUUUUAGUUUGUUUUCCACAACAACCGGGAGCACGCAUAAUACAAAUUUACAGUCACAGUUGUUUUCACACAUUAAUUACAGGGAAAAUCCCCCUUAAGGGGAAAAAUAUAAAAUUUGUAUCGUAAUAAACUGGGACACGUUUUGUUAUAAAUCUAUAUAUUAGAAGUUUCACUUUUUCACGCUAUAUCUUAUUCUCAGACUCAGUGUGUUCAAGAGAUCCGUUGACAUAUGGUCGUGACUGUGAGUACAACUGUAGCUGUGACGUACAUGGUGAAAAGUGUUUUGUUAGUACAGGAAACUGUCCAUCUGGAUGUAAGGCUGGAUACUAUGGACAAGGAUGUAACAAAAGUAAGUAUACAUUAACUUUUCCUAAUUGAUUUGUCAAUUACUUCAUGCGCAUGUUUGCCUCUGAAGUUCUUAAACACUGGUAUCAAACAUACCCACCCCUCCUUUUUUAGGGUAGCUGAGAAGUUUUCUUUUCUUUAAAUUUUAAUUUCAAGUUAUCAGCUUUUCUGGCAACUAAGUUACUUUUAAAUUAUUACCCCUUAUUUUCCACAACCUGUAAAUUUCAUUUGAUUUUUUUUAAUUGUGACGAGCUUUUAGGAUCAUCAGCUCCAUUGGUUGCAAGUUUUAAUUUCUAAUGUGACUACGAUUGCCUCAAUAAUUAGUUUCUCUUUUUUUAUUCAAAUAAGUGUAAUACUCUCUUCCAUUGUUGUUGCUGAAGUGUUGGGUUUUUUAAAGCUAUCAGCCGCUCUUGUGACAGGUUUAAAACAUCUUUGUCUACGCUAAUAUUUCCAUUAAUUUUUGUAAUUUUGCAUUUGUUUAUUUUCGACUUUAUAGUAUGUGAUGCUGGCUACUUUGGAAUCGACUGCAGAAAUCAAUGCAGUAUAUGUUCAGGUCAAUGUGACGGCGAAGACGGAAAUUGUACCAGUUGUGCUACUAUAGGAAAAAAGCUUCCAUAUUGUAAAGAAG